CAAUCUGACAAACUAUACAAAUUAGAAGAAAAACUUGCUUGUACUGCUUGUUAUAAAACUUACUAUGAAGCUCUUGACCCUAAAGACCCAGAAGUCAGGAAUAUUAUGAAACAGGACUUGGUAGAGGAACCCUUGUCUGAUGCAAACUUUGUAAUAUUUAGAAACCCAGAUCAAAAAUAUAUAAUAUAG